AUGGACUCCAGCCCCCCAAUGGAGGAGGAACUUGGCGCUUCGGAGGUGCUGUGGUCUCCCGACCUCAACACGCGCUGGCGCCUGCUGCGGCGGCAUAUAUCACCCUUCGAGAAGGACCGUUCGGCGUACCACUCGGCAAAGUAUCAGAAACCCGUGUUUGUAUUUAUGAACCCCAUCGCAUGGAGACGUUUGGUUGAGAAGCAGGGAGCCUACCGGGCAGUGGACCUUAUGUUAAUGUUGGGCUUCGCACCGGCGCCGGAGGGCCAGGUGAACAUUGUCGAAUGGAUCGAGCGCGAGGCGACCGCCGCCGCCACACGUGCUGCUGUUUCUGCUGCGAAUGGCGGCAGUAAUUCUGGUGGUGGCGGUGUUGGAGGACGCCGGUCGUGCGCCGUGCCGCCGGGGCUUGGGGAGGAGUCGCGUGUGGGCGGCGGCGUGCGCUUCUGGGUGCUCAACCACGAGGACUCGCGCCCAUCUACCUUCGGCUCACCGGUGAGUCGAUACAUGUCACCGCGCUCUGCCACACUAGGCCUGCGCGCGAGCAGUCCGACGCUGGUGACGACGCCGCCUAUUGCCAUUACUAAUGGCACUAGUACUAGUACUACUACUACUACUACUACUACUACUACUACUAUGACCACUGCUGCUGCUGCUGCUGCAGUAGCGAGCGCCGCACUCGUUGGGCCGCGGGCGGAGGUGGACGGCGCAUCGAUGCGUAUCCGCAACCUGGAAGCGGAGGUUCGGGAGCUUACGCGGCAGGUGCGAAUUCUCAAGUCACGUGAGUCUGAGCGUGGGCUGGGUGUCGCGUCCAACGUGGUGUUGCAGCAUGAGAGUCCGCAGCCGCACAUCAUUGUACGCCCCGACCGCCCCUUUAUGGCCUCUUCCAAUUGCCACUCGCUCGUGUGCCUGCCGGUGAACUACCUCGACCCCGAUUGCGCUCCGUACGUCGUGUCGCUCGGCGCAUCCGCCGGCCGCACGCUGCUGGCCUGCACGAUUGUAGAGCACCGCUAUGUUAUAUUCGUUGCGCCGCCGCACCGUCGUGGCUCGCUGACGGUAGUAUUGCUCUGCACGCGUGACGGUACACUUCGACCGUACGCGCGCGCGGUGUGGCUGGNCGUCGUGGCUCGCUGA